CAAUCUGCGACGAUUUUACAGCAGGCAUGCACGGAUUACGUGAGCUCAGGGUCAUUCAUUGAUAAUACUGCACAUUUUACAUUGCAAUAAAAUGCAGCAUGUGUUUUCUUCUAAGUUAUUUGUGUCCGGCGCAUCUUUGGCAAUUGGCGUCGGUGUAGGUGCUGUUUUGGUAGGAUUUAAUACUGACAAUGGCAAAUACUGCCGGGGAUUUAAGUCACACCGAGGAGUUCUCGAACGGGUCCCUGUCAUACCUAUCCCAAGUGUUGAUGCCGCCUCUGACUUGAUACCACAUCAGCCAGGUCAGGUAGGGAUCUCAAAAUCUACUGCUGCCAUGAAGUAUGGCUUCCCCUCCCUGGCAAACAUCAAAACUAGAGAGUCUUACGUGACUUCUUACGACCCCAGGAAUAGGACUGCCGCGUGGGUCAUAGAGCAACUAAACCCCGAAACACUCACGGGCUCCUCGGACAGGAAAUGUUGCGAAUUCAAAGAAGAUGAUUCGGUGCACAUUUACCACAGAGCGACUAAUGCAGAUUACAAAGGAACCGGAUUUGACAGAGGACAUCUGGCCGCUGCUGCCAAUCACAAGUGGAGUCAGAAGGCGAUGGACGACACGUUUUACCUGAGUAACGUGUCGCCGCAGAAUCCCCAUAUGAACCAAAAUGCAUGGAAUAACCUGGAGAAAUACUGCCGAUCACUCUCAAAGCAUUACCUGAAUGUGUUUGUGUGCACUGGACCACUCUACCUGCCAAGACAGGAGCCCGACGGUAAGAUGUACGUGAAGUACCAGGUGGUGGGCAAGAAUCACGUUGCCGUGCCGACGCAUUUUUUCAAGGUGCUGAUCCUGGAGAAGCCGCGCGGGGAGGUGGAGCUUCGCUCUUACGUCAUGCCAAACGCGCCCGUGGACGAGAAGAUCCCGCUCGAGCGCUUCCUGGUGCCCAUCGAGAGCAUCGAGAGGGCGUCCGGCCUGCUGUUCGUCCCCAACAUCAUGAAGAGGACCAGCGUCCUGCAGGCCAUCACCAUGGGGGGGCGCUCCUGAGCUUGGCCGUCUGAGGAGGAGGUGAGGAGCAGGGAGGAGGUCACUCUGAUCAAGAUCAAGUCUCCAAACUGGCUACUGAAAAUGCUGCACAGCAGCAACUGUGAGCUUUGCUGUCUCUCGAGUCAAAUCGUAGACAUUAUCAAAGUGUUCUCAACAACUUUAGGGCCCACCGUCCGCAAGCACUGUUCACGUGUCAGUCAAAAAGACAAGUAUUUUGUAAAAGGAGGACUUUUAGUUAAUUGUUGAUGUUUUGUUAUCUUCUACUACUGGUCUUGUGCAUACCUGUACUCACUCAUGAAUGUUGAGUUUGUGAUGGCAAACUCUUGCGUCCACUGCAGUAGUAUCACUGGUCAGCACUCUGGGCUGAAACCUGUAGAGAGCCCACAGGUUACAGAUUACAGGUACUUACUGUAUUUGAGCAUUGCAAGUGAUAAUAAUGUUGCUAUUACAAUUCACCCAUCAGUGCUCACAAAACAGCAAUGAUCUCAGGGUUAGUAAUCUCAGAAGUCUGAUCAUCACUGAGCCAGUUUGGCCUUAGAAUACCCCGUAUGAAUUUUACUCUACAGUAGUCAUGUUACACAAGCAUAGUACCAAAGCCAGACUGCUAGACACACAUGAUUCUCAAAUCAAGAAAGACGCUGAAAUCUGAAAUGACACAAAGAGGGACACUUAACAGAUCACUGGAAGCUCUAUGUGAAGAUUUGAUUUUUGUAAGUAUGGUUACAUUCGUUAUGUAAAAACACUGUCAAAAACUGCACAAAUAAAGAGUAACAUUUAGGAAAUUAAA